GAGCAGACGGCUCGGGCAGCGCGGCCGUCACGAGAGCGCGGAACGCGAGGGGAGAGGGGAAGGGAGAGGCAGAGGCAGCAGAGAGGGAAGAGGAGGAAGACGACGCUGCCCCAAGCUGGCCGCUAUGGGGCUGGAGGCGGCGCACGAGCUGGACUGCGGGGCCCUGGGCGCGCUGCUGCGGGAGCCGCGGGAGGCCGAGCGCACACUGCUGCUCGACUGCCGCCCCUUCCUGGCCUUCUGCCGGCGCCACGUGCGCGCCGCGCGGCCCGUGCCCUGGAACGCGCUCCUGCGGCGCCGCGCGCGCGGCCCACCCGCCGCCGCCCUCGCCUGUCUGCUCCCCGACCGCGCGCUGCGGGCGCGCCUGGCCCGCGGGGAGCUGGCGCGGGCCGUGGUGCUGGACGAGGGCAGCGCCUCGGUGGCCGCGCUCCCGCCCGACGGCCCGGCCCACGUGCUGCUCUCCGCACUGCUGCACGAGACCCGCGCCGGGCCCACCGCCGUGUGCUUCCUGCGAGGAGGCUUCGAUGGCUUCCAGGCCUGCUGUCCCGAUCUGUGCUCCGAGUCCCCUGCCCCGGCAAUGCCGCCUUCUGGGGCCGAAAACAGCCGCUCCGACCCCAGGGCUCCCUUCUAUGACCAGGGCGGCCCUGUGGAGAUCCUGCCCUACCUGUUCCUGGGCAGCUGCAGCCACUCAUCGGACCUGCAGGGGCUGCAGGCUUGCGGCAUCACAGCUGUGCUCAACGUCUCCGCCAGCUGCCCCAACCACUUUGAGGGCCUUUUGCGCUACAAGAGCAUCCCAGUGGAGGACAACCAGAUGGUGGAGAUCAGUGCCUGGUUCCAGGAGGCCAUAGGCUUCAUUGACUCCGUGAAGAACAGCGGAGGCCGGGUGCUGGUACACUGCCAGGCGGGCAUCUCUCGCUCUGCCACUAUCUGCCUGGCGUACCUGAUCCAGAGCCGCCGCGUGCGGCUGGACGAGGCCUUCGACUUUGUUAAGCAACGCCGAGGAGUCAUCUCCCCCAACUUCAGUUUCAUGGGGCAGCUGCUACAGUUUGAGACUCAAGUGCUGUGUCACUGAGGCCGGGCCCACCAUGCUGGCUCCUCCAGGGCUGAGGCACACGUAGCCGCUGGUUCCUGGGGGGAGCUGACUGGGCACAGCUGGGCCCCCCACAGUCCCCCUCACCUCAGAGAGAGCUGCCCCUUCCUCAGAGUUUGAAAAGCCCCCUUGGGCGCACUGCGAAUGCAGGAAUGCUGGACUUUCUCACUGAUGCUCUUCUGCUAGGGGUUUGAGGGCCGGCCCUCAUUCAGGGACGAGGACGGAGGGUCUGUCUGCUUCCCUCCUCCCCAUCCUCUGGCAGAAACUGACUGGACUCUACACCCACGGACUCCCACUGGUCCCACCACCGUGUUGAAGCCCUUGGCAGCCUGAGAGCUCCAAGGAAUAAGCUGUGACAACCCGGAGCCCCGUCUGGGGGUGGUCCACCCGGGGCCUGGAGCCUUGAGCUGUGCUCCUGGGGCAGCUGGGAUCCGGGAAGUGAUGCGUGUAUCGUGUGUGGACCUAUGCUUGCGUGUGUACGGAUGUGAGCAUUUCACGCCUGUGUCGGCGCUGGAAAGUUAUUUGUGUUCAAUUGACAUUUAACACUCCCUCCCCCACUUCCUCCUGCCCUGUGGGCGGGGGUUGGAAACUUAGCACUUUAUAUUUAUAUGGAACAUUGAUGUGUCAAUAAAAUAUUGUUUUGUUUAAAAAA